AUGGCCUCAGCUCUAAAAACAAAAUGUUGUUACGAAUUCCUUCUUUCCAACGUUUCAAAGAUUAAUACGACGGUUUAUAGUGCCCCUUUUGGCACUACUCACGACAUGUUUUGGCAACUCGAGUUCAUUCCUACGUCGUCCGAAGAACCCGAACAUUGCGCUGCAUUUCUCUUCGCCAUUCCUAAUUAUGAAGAGGCAAAUUCUACCGGUAUAUGGUCGAGGAGAAGCCUUUUAACUGCAAAAAUAUAUUUGAAAAACGCAAGAAAUCAAACUUUCCUCAAGAAGCAAUCUGUAAAAAUGAACUCAUUCUCCGCAAAAUUAUCCGGAUGGGGCUGGGAAGCUUUCUUUAAUAAAGCUAAUCUACCGGAUCAUGUCUUAUUCGGUGUAGAAUUUGAUCGAGCUGAAAUGGGAAUGGUCUCCCAAAAGUGGCCACUACCAAGUAAUCCUCAGUUAACUGAUACUAUCCCACAAGAUCUGGUGAAGGCAUGGGAGGGUCAACUGAAUAAUCCCGCAACGUCCGAUGUUCAGUUCAACAUUCAUGGAAAUAUAAUUUAUGCCAAUUCAUCGAUCCUUUCCACAAGAUCUAAAUAUUUUCAACUUGUGUUCCAAGGGAAGUGGUUAGAAUCGGAACCGAACGGUAAAGUAGAGACAGUGCAAUUCACGACUAGGGAGAGAAAGAGUUCUAAUAACGUCAACCUUCAAGCGCCGCCAACGACGAGGUGUAACCAUGUCAUCGAUGUCACCGAUUUCCAUUAUCAAACAUUUUUGGAGAUGUUACGGUUUCUCUACACGAACAAGGUCACAUUUAUUGAGAAAAGGGAAGACCAGAAUUCAAACAUUACGGCUUUGGAUCUCUUUAGAAUCGCUGAUAAAUAUCUAAUAGACGAAUUACGUUUGCAGGCAAAGAAUGAAAUUUUUAAUUAUUUGACAGUAAAUGACGCUGCGGAAUUUUUGUUCGGAACGGCGUGGAAAUAUCCGGAAUUAAAGGAACAUACAAUGAAAUACGUGGUUUUGAAUUUUGUCAAUAUUAGGCAGACGACCGGGUUCAAAAAUAUUUUAUCGGAUUUAUCAAAUUAUCCUCAAUACAGUGAAAUCUUUAAUGAAAUUUUAUCAGAAUUAUUCCCAGCAACCGGAACUGUUAAUACAGGAAAACCUGCUAAAGAAGAAGUAUCUUAG